AUGUCAGAAAGCGCAGCAAAUAAAUUAACAAAUUAUCUAUUGGAUUACAUUGAUGAAUACCAAGAUUCAACAGAAGAUUAUAUAACCGAACAACGGUCAUUAGCAUUAGAGGCUAUAUCAUUUAUUCCAAAAGCAUCAGAAAAGCAUUCUAAAAUUUAUACUCUAAUGGAAGAAUACUUAAAAUCAGACCAACAAGCAUACAAUGAAUCAGGGUUAAUAGUUGCACAAUCAGUUUCUUUGGGUAUCGAAACCAUUAAAAAUCAUCUUCUUAAAUUUUUGGAAAACAAGAAUUUCUCAAUUCUAUUUAAUACAAUUAGUGCACUUAUUUCAAGUUCUUCAGUUUGGGAUAAUGACGAAGAUUGUUGUUACUUCAUUAUUGAUAAAUUAGAUGAUUUGUUCAAUUUCGGUAAUGGUGAAAUCCAAGAUAAAUCUUUAGAUCUUCUUCUCUUUGCAGAUCCUAAAAGUUGCAGGAUUACAGAAGAAAUUAUUGACACUCUAAUUGAAAUGUUGGCAACAAAGUCACCAAGGGUAUUUGAAAUUACACAAAUUCUUAUUAAUAUUGUCUUCAAUAUCAUGAAAGGUACAUUAGAAUGCGGAAUUACUUUGGGCGAGUUUCAAGACAAAAUUUGGGAAAAUGAAACAUAUAUUAAUGAUGCCUUAAAGGGUUCACAAAUAGCUCAAGAGCAAUACCAAAAGUUAGCCGCCGUUCUUCAAUCAGGUGCUGAAUAUUAA